CGUCGUGAGGUGCCUAUCCUCCUCGCUCCUCCCGCCGCAAACCACACCUCCGCCUCCGUCUCCCCAGCAAUUCCCAAAUCGCCCCUCCGCCGAAACGGGAGCCCCGCGGCGGCGCCCCCGAACUCCAACCCUCCCCUGAACGCUCCCCACGCCAUGGCCCUCUCCCGCCGCCUCCUCCCGCUCUUCCUCCGCCGCGGAGCCGGCGCCAGCGCGCACCUCUCCACGGCCGCCGCGGCCGCGCCGGCGGCGUCCGCCUCGGAGGAGGAGGACGAGCAGUCCGUCAUCGUCAAGGGUGUCCGCAUCUCGGGCCGCCCGCUCUACAUGGACAUGCAGGCCACGACCCCCGUGGACCCGCGCGUCCUCGACGCCAUGCUCCCCUUCUACCUCUCCCGCUACGGGAACCCGCACUCCCGCACCCACCUCUACGGCUGGGAGUCCGACGCCGCCGUCGAGGCCGCGCGCGCCCGCGUCGCCGCUCUCGUCGGCGCCGACCCGCGCGAGAUCUUCUUCACCUCCGGCGCCACCGAGUGCAACAACAUCGCCGUCAAGGGCGUCAUGCGCUUCUACCGCGACCGCCGUCGCCACGUCGUCACCACGCAGACCGAGCACAAGUGCGUCCUCGACUCCUGCCGCUACCUGCAGCAGGAAGGAUUCGAGGUCACCUACCUCCCCGUGCGCGGCGACGGCCUCGUCGACCUCGCGCAGCUCGAGGACGCCAUCCGCCCAGACACCGGGCUCGUCUCCGUCAUGGCCGUCAACAACGAGAUCGGCGUCGUGCAGCCGCUCGAGGAGAUUGGGCGCAUCUGCAAGGAGAAAGGCGUGCCGUUCCACACCGAUGCUGCGCAGGCGCUGGGAAAGAUCCCGAUUGAUGUGAACAGGAUGGGGAUUGGCCUCAUGUCCCUCUCCGGGCACAAGAUUUAUGGCCCCAAGGGCGUCGGGGCGCUCUACCUUCGCCGCCGUCCGCGUAUCAGGGUGGAACCGCAGAUGAGUGGUGGUGGGCAGGAGCGUGGCAUUCGCAGUGGCACAGUGCCUACGCCGCUAGUUGUUGGAUUUGGUGCUGCCUGUGAGAUUGCGGCUCAAGAGAUGGAUUAUGACCAUAGGCGAGUCAGUGCCCUGCAGCAGAGGCUGCUCGAUGGCAUCCGUGCGCAGGUCGAUGAGGUUGUCAUCAAUGGAAGCAUGGAGCACCGUUACCCAGGCAACCUCAACUUGUCAUUUGCAUAUGUGGAGGGGGAGAGCUUGCUGAUGGGGUUGAAGGAGGUGGCUGUUUCGAGUGGUAGUGCAUGCACUAGUGCCAGCUUGGAGCCCUCAUAUGUGCUGCGGGCGCUCGGGGUGGAGGAGGACAUGGCGCACACCUCUAUUCGCUUUGGUAUGGGCCGCUUUACCACCGAGGAAGAGGUUGACAGAGCAAUUGAGCUCACUGUGCAUCAGGUGAAGAAGCUCCGUGACAUGAGCCCACUUUACGAGAUGGCCAAGGCUGGUAUUGACCUCAAGAGUAUUGAGUGGUCGCAGCACUGAGGUGGCUUUCAUGACAAUCAGUCAUUUGAAAGUGCCUUUGAUGUACACGGAUCGCUUAAUUAGGUUAAGAGUGAGGAACUACAUUACCCCGUUGCGAUGCUUUGAUGUCUGGUACCGUGAAGACAUUCCAGUGGGUGGAAUGAUGUCGAUACUCAGACUACCACAUGAUUCACAUCAUGUUAUACAGGAACUUCCCAUUGUUCGGCUCUUGGAUGGGGCGCUGAGAUGUAUUCUGGAGGAUUAGCUAUGUUUUUUAUGGUAGAGUAUCUUGACACAAAAUAAGGAUACUUCAAAUACUUGGUAAUGUAUCAUCUGAAAUAAAGUUUGAAGUAACGAGCAGUGGCAAUGCUGUGAACAUAUCUUGGUGCUGAUGUAAAUUAAUGUUAUUUGCUCCAUUCGGUAGGGUACCCUUAAUUGGUUUUUGUCAGGUCUUAUAUAUUUUAUGUUUCUUCUUGCAAGUAGUUCGCAACAUUGUACAUCAGAAAAGAAUUUCCACGCAUUUUGUUACCAA